UUAUAAUUUACUGCAGCACUUGAACGCACCGCUGAGCUGCCUCCCUCCAUUUUGUGUCGGUCGGCCCGUUUCCGGGUUUCCGAGCAGGAAGGGACCGAUAAACGGUGUCAGCGGGGAGUAUGGCUCUGCCUGCAGCUCCAGAGUGCGGCCAAAGUUUUCCGUAGCUGCCCGAAACUGUAGAAAAGUGUCUCUUGGACGCGUUGGGCAGUUUGUCUUGUGUUCUGUAGCGUAUUAAAGAGCUGUUGUUUGCAGAUUUACCCGCCGGCCGGACCGCGCUGCCACUGACAGCUGGAAGUAAACAGCUCGGUGCUAACAGCUAACUGCUAACCGCCACUAGCUGAGCUGCUAAACCGUCGAGAGGAAGCUAACAGCUAGCCGGCUAACCUGAGUGUUUUUUGGUGGCGUUCAGUUACAUCACCAGGACUUGCCAGCUCCCUCCCAUCACAAUUUUUGUCAAACUGCUGCGGCGAAGGAUUUGCCACAACGGCACUUUCCAUUCAUGUUGUUUUGGAGGGCGAGACUAUUAUCAAAGCUCCUGUUCUUCGAGUUAGGGAGUCAGAGUGUGUCGUCCCAGCUGAGACGCUGAAGUCCCCGGUCCUUCACCCCACACAGAAAGGUGCCAACAGAGGGACAGGAUGCCUAUUCCUCCCCCUCCCCCUCCUCCCCCGGGACCCCCGCCUCCCCCCACCUUCAAUGAGGCAAACACAACUCCUCCCAAGCUGAGCUCGUCUGAGACUAAAGGCCGAGGAGCGCUGCUGUCAGACAUCUGCAAAGGCACGAGGCUGAAGAAGGUCGGCGUGGUCAAUGACCGUAGUGCACCCGUUCUAGAGAAAGCAGGAGGAGGAGGAGGUGGCGGAGGAGGAGGAGGAGGAGGAGGCGGUGGUGGUGGAGGUUUUGGAGGUGGAGGUCCAAUGGGAAUGGGAGGCCUUUUCCAAGGAGGGGUGCCCAAAUUACGCCCAGUUGGAGAUGGUUCAACAGGCGGUUCAGUGGGCAGAUCUGCCCUGAGGCCCCCGGGGUCCCGGCCCGCAGCCCCUCGUCCACCCACAGGCCGCUCCCCCUCGCCCUCCCCAGGCAACAAGCCCUCCCCGCCGGAGCACCAGCGCUCCCACCGGCCCUCGCUGCCUGACAUCUCCCGGCCCGCCAGCAGCAGCAGCAGCUCCUCCACAGGCAGCGGGAUGAAGCACAGCACCUCCGCUCCGCCUCCUCCUCCGCCCUUCAACAGGGGUGGCCGCGGCAACGCCCCACCCACCCCCAACCUGAAAGCACCUUCCACAUCCUCCUCUCACAGCAGAGAGAAGCCCCUCCCUCCGACGCCCAACAGAGGCCCCGCCGCUCACAGCUCCGUUAAGCCACCUCCGUCUUCCAGCAGACCCCCCACCGGUGGCUCCGCGGCUCCACCUCCUCCCCCGCCGUACAGACCGCACUCGGGCAGCAUCUCCAACGGGCCGUCCCACGUCGACGGGGGCGGGGCUCCGGAGCUGCCCCAGAGGCACAACUCGCUGCACAAAAAACACACAUCAUCUGGAGGCAGCAGCCAAGGACGCAGCCACGCUCCACCCCCUCCUCCAUCACCGUCUCCAUCCUCGCAGCAGGUCAACAGACCACCGCCACCCGCCAGGGAGCCGCCUGGUCGCAGAGCAGCUCCCCAGGUGCCCCCUCCCGGGUCUCGUAACGGCGGUCGGGACGCCCCUCCUCCCCCGCCCCCGUACCGCGUCCACAGCUCUGUCUCGACCUCAGAGUCCCACAGCCGAGUGGGCAAACCGCCUCCCUCCUCUUCCUCCUCCUUAUCAUCCUCCUCCUCCCGCACCCCGGCUGGACCCCCUCCACCGCCCCCGCCCAUCCGGAACGGUCACUCCUCCAUCUCCUCCUCCAAGUCCAUCAUAGAUGAUUUUGAAUCCAAGUUCAACUUCCACCCCAUUGAAGACCUUCCACCUCCUGAGGAGUACAGGCAUUUUAGCAAGGUCUACCCCAGCAAAAACAACAAGGCCAUGAUGAGAGUAGCUCCUCCAGCACCGCCGGUGAUGAGGUGAACGGACCUCAGCUCAGGACUUGAACUCUCAGUCAGCCGACUUGAUGGACGGUCAGGAGGGAGCACUCAAAUCACAAACACACAACAACAACAACAACAACACACACACUAACACUAAACCACCAGCUGGAAGCACAGUGGGGAAUGCAACGUAAACACUACACCACGCAGGUUUGACACUAUUCGGCGGUCACCUUCUGUCUUUGCACGAGAGAACAAAACCACUCGAGAAACAGACUCGACCUUUCUGACUGUGACCACGACUCCUCCUCUGUUGACUGUACGCAGGGGCUUCUGUUCAACACUACAUAUCAGGACCAAACUCUGGAAACUUCCAAAUCUGUGCAUUCCAUCUUUUUUAAUGCAUAAUUAUGAUAAUAAUGGUGAUUUGCUGAAUAACAUCUUUUUUUAUUUUUUGGGGGGAUUGUCAGCGUUAAUUUGUGGGCCAAGAAUUCAACUCUACGAACGGAAACUGUCUUUGAAGUUGUGUUUGAGUUUUCAGCAGAUGAAUUCUACUCGAAGUCUUCCCACACCAAUGAUAAUGUCAUGAACGUGGGGCUUAUAAAUGGUUAUAUUUUGGGUUUUUUUCUUAAAUAGCCAUUCCUGCAGUGCCAGGUGAGGGUGCGUUUGAAUCCAGCUCUCUGUCUCAGUGUGCCAAAAGCGGGUGGAGUCGAAUGAACUGCACAGAGUGAGGAUAGUUUUCAUAGAUGUUCUAUAUAUAACUGACAUUUUGAAAUUCUCUCUUUAUUCAUGGACAAAUGCAUUACUGGAAAGCUUGCCAAGUUAUGACAGAAGCCUCGCCUGGUUGUUUAUUUUUACAUUUGGAGAGGGGACUAUUUCCUGCGUUUUUCUCCCUACUUUCCUUUAUUUGGGGGUGUUUAUAUUUCCAUCUUCAGGCAAUGUUGCACGGCAGCUUCACUGCUCAACCGAGACACUGUGCAUGACGCUCAUUUAUGCACUUAUGAAAAGAAACGAGCCUGGGAUCAGGAGUAUAUUCAUGUUAAUGUAACACAAAACUUUGAAAAACACCAAGAGGAUUCAUCCAUAACUUGUCCCUGAUGUGUCUGAUGAACUGUAGUUCACAUAGCCAGCAUCUUUCUCCAAACACACUGUGGUUCCUGUGUGGGCCACAGCACAGGCCAACACUAAAUGAUUAUUAUUUGUUUACUGGACCAAGUUUAGAUGAUUUAGCUUCAGGUUUGCAGUGCAGAGCUUUGGAGGAGUUUAUAAGGGAUCAUUUGUCACUUUUUGCAGAAUUCCUCUUCCAGGGAAGUUGGUCUAAAAAGCUCAGCUCUGUUCUGAAUCCAUAAUUUUACUUUUGCUGCUGGUGGCCCUUUUUAUAGAAUGACUGUACGGCCAGAGAAAGAUGAUAUGUUGCUGUUUAAUUGCUAUGCAAGGAGCAGUUUGUACAGAUUGUAGUUGGUAGCAGCUAACCAAAAAAACAACAAAAAAAGGAACACUUAAGUGCCAGAGAACUGUGUUUUUCUUUUUUUUUUAGCAGAUGGAGGUUCUUUACUUCACUUUUUGUUAUUAUGAACCAUUUAGCUUGACUUUAAAAACACUAAUUACAUCAUAUUCAAAGUAAAGAUGCAAUGCAGGAAAAUGAACAAAAAGAAAAGUUUGCUGAGGUUAGAUUCUCCGUUCUCAGUGAUGCAGCGCCUCCUGCUGGUCCUUGCCUUACACAAAUCUGUUGUCACUCUCAGCGGUACCAGUGAUUUUAUUAUUUUGUUUGUUUUAUAGGGGGGAAGAUGAUGACAACUAAGUAAAUAAAAAACAGGUCUAUUUGAAAAUGCAAUAAAUAUUGUAUAUUUACAUUAAGGAAUAUGGUAAUCAUAGUUAUUGAUCUAUUUUUAUGUUGUAAAAAGCUUGUAAUAUAGGAAAGAGAAAUGAUUAAGAGUUAUAACAAUGUUCCAGUCGGUGAGCUUUGGUCUGAUAGAGCGGACUCUCUGUAGCACUUCUCUGGAUGUUUGGCCAUAAGGGUGAAAGAGCUGGAUGGAUGGAUGUGAGGUUUUGCCAACGAGCCAACACUUUUGGGGAUCCUGUUUGUAAAAAUUGGCAGGAAAGUAGUGAAGGUGGGUCUGGGAGGUGGAAGAGGGCAAAAACACAAGAAAAACAACAACAAAUGUAACUGCACUUCCUGUCCUGGAUGUAUACUCACCUUGUCCACUCUCAGAGCAAAAACCCUGUGGUCAUUUCAUGUUAAUCAACCAUGUUUUUAUCAUUUGAAAUAAUUUUCAAUAAAUAUGUUCCUGUUGGGGAAAAAGGGUACCUGA